GUCUCCAGCCGUGAAACAUGGGUGACCGUUACAACAUCCACAGCCAACUAGAACACUUGCAGUCCAAGUAUAUCGGCACCGGCCACGCCGACACCAACAAGUGGGAAUGGAUGACCAACCAGCACAGAGACAGUUACGCUUCCUAUCUCGGCCAUCACGACACUCUCAAUUACUUUGCCUUAGCGGAAAAUGAAGCUCGAGCCCGUGUGCGGUUCAACAUAAUGGAGCGUAUGUUACAGCCAUGCGGUCCACCUGCGAAGCGUGCAGAAGAUUAGAACACAUUUUUCAUAUCUGUUCAUCAUCAAAGUACACAUUGAGCUUGGACGUUGAGUCUCAUUCAGAUCAUCAUUGAUCACAUAGAAUGAAGGAACCUUGUUUCACAAUGUACUGACUAUUGAGCAUGCUGAAAGGUCAUCAGACGUGUUGUGUAUUCUGUCAGCAUGUGGCAGGAUGUGUCUUGAUAUAAAAACUUCAAGAAAUGUAAUAAAUUUCACAAUCUGAAUUAAA